CGAAAGAGUUUGGUAGCAGCCCUAUCGACACACAUAAUAUGUAAAUAUUUUAAAUUGCAAUACCAAGUUUAUAUCAACUACUAUAUAAGCUUGAUACAGCCCUCGCAAACUCUACAAGCAAGUCCAGUCCAUAAUAAUAAUUCUCAAUUCGGAGAGAUGGCAGCUACUGAUGCCGCUCCGUCGACUUAUGACCGAACCAAGGCGAUCAAGGAGUUCGAUGAAUCAAAGAUGGGGGUGAAGGGCCUCUCGGAAUCCGGAAUCACUUCGAUCCCUGAAUUCUUCAUCCACCCUCCACAAACCCUCUCUGACCUCAGGUCUUCUUCUCGAUCCUCCCCUGGUGCCGUACCAGUCAUCGACAUCUCGGGCAUCAACUCCAUAGCUGACAGGCCAAACAUCGUCAGGCAGGUCCGGGAUGCAGCCAAGAGCUGGGGCUUCUUCCAGGUGGUCAACCAUGGCGUGCCGGCCCCAGUCCUGGACGAUACCAUAAACGCCAUCAGGGGAUUCCAUGAGCAGCCGCACGAAAACAAGGCAAAGUACUACAAACGUCAGGAGGGGCAAGGAGUGAUGUUUGCGAGCAACAACGACCUCUACCGUACUGAAGCUGCGAGCUGGCACGACUCUCUCCAGGUGUGGAUGGGGCCACAGCCACCGGUGUCGGAGGAGAUACCAGAGGUGUGUCGGAGAGAGGUAAUCGCAUGGGAUGGACACGCAAAGGACGUGGCCGAUAAGGUGAUGGAGCUUCUCUCCGAAGGGCUAGGAUUGGAGCCCGGGAUGUUCAGGGAGCUGACAUUCUCAGAUGCCAGAACUCUAGUGGGACACUGUUACCCUCACUGCCCGCAACCCGACCUGACGCUGGGGAUCACAUCUCAUACAGAUCCUGGAAUUAUCACGGUAUUACUAACAAAUCGAGUUCCAGGGCUGCAGGUGAAGCACGAGGAUGACUGGACCGAUGUUGAUCCGGUUCCUGGAGGAUUGAUCAUCAAUAUAGGAGACUUCCUUCAGAUAGUCUCUAAUGGCGAGUACAAAAGCGUCCAGCACCGAGUCCUAGCUAACGGUAUGAAGGAGCCAAGGAUCUCGAUUGUUGAGUUCUUCAAUCUGACCAAGUGGAAGGAUUCGGACCAAUAUGGGCCUCUGCCCGAGCUGGUGUUCCCUGACAGACCAGCCAUUUACAGGGACUUCACGAAGCAAGAGUUCCUCGAUAAUUUCUACAGCAAGGGCCUCGACAACAAAUCAUUGAUCGACAGGAUCAAAGUAUAAAGAUAUGCACACACUAUAUUUUAUGUUUUAAUAGCAUGUUAUAUGAUCUUAUAUCAUCAUCAUUUUCAAUGCACUGGCUAUUGAGUGUACCCUACUAUCCCUUCCAUCGAAUCUAUUCAGCCCAUCUUUUACAUAA